AUGAAGCGCUUCUUUGGCUUACGUGGCAAUAGCCUCAAUGUCGCAGCCAUCCUUGGCGUACUAAUGCCUGGAGUAUUAUCCUUUGGGUAUAAUUCCGCCUCGAUCGGUGGGGUCUUAUCCUUUCGAAGCUUUGGAGAGCAUUUCCCCGCGAUUGACAUUGCCAAUGCCGAGAACAAAGGUCGCGCGUCAUCUUUACAGGGCUUCGUGGUUGCUUGCUUUCCCAUCGGGGCCUUCUUGGGGGCGCUGGCAUGUGUUUGGCUAGGUGACUGGCUGGGUCGUCGCCGAGUCAUUAUGCUGGGCACUACUGCUCAAAUACUCGGCUGCAUGCUUAGCGCAAGUGCUUUCCAUAUGCCUCAAUUGGUUUUAUCUCGCAUCAUUGUCGGCGUCGGUGCAGGCUCAUCGCUAGCAGCGAUUCCAUUAUGGAUAACUGAGAUUUCCCCGACCGAGAAGCGCGGUUCCCAUGUGGUGACAAAAGGCAUCUUUUCUGGCUUGGGCUGUGCGAUGGUUUUGUUCAUUGAAUUUGGGAUGUCCUUCAAGAAGGACAGCAGCAUAUCAUGGCGCCUCCCCCUGGGGUUCUCUAUCAUCCUUUCGCUGGUUGUCCUGGGAUGCAUUGCCUUUCUUCCAGAGUCACCGCGCUGGCUUAUCCAGAAAAGCAGGACUUCGGAGGCCAUGGAAGUCUUGUCUGCACUUGGUGGCGCCAACGCAGAUGAUGAUAAAAUCCAGUCAACCAUUGUGGAAGUCCAGGCUUCUCUCGCAUUGUCGCAUGAGAAAGCCGGCUGGAAGCAACUUUUCCAAAUGGGCACCCAGAGAACCCUGCAUAGAGCCUUUCUGGCUAUUUUGGUGCUAUUGUUUCUCCAGUUGACUGGCUCCCCCCCUACCACCAUCUUCGAAAACAAUCUUGGUUUGAAUGAGUCUACCGCAAGGCUCUUAGCUGCUUUUUACCAGGUUGUUGGACCCAUCGGAGGAACUCUCUGCGUUUUCCUCGUUGAGGGGUUUGGUCGACGACGGAUGAUGUUCACCAGCGCAAUUGGCAAUUGUAUUUGCCUUGUGUGCAUUGCUUCCCUUGGCUCCCAGGUCAACAACAUUGCGGCUUCGCAUGCCGCUGUUUUCUUCAUCUUUCUUUUCCACGUCAGCUAUGUCAAUGGGUUUGGCGGAAUUCCAUACCUAUACGCCGCCGAAGUUUCACCUCUCCAUCUGCGUUCCACCAUCACCAGCAUCAGUGUCAGCGCUACCUGGGCGCUCACAUUCCGAUACAUGGGACAAAAAUACUUCUACGUAUACGCCAGUCUCAACGCCCUUAUUGCGCCCAUUGUCUACUUUCUCUACCCCGAGACGUCGGGGCGCAGCUUGGAAGAAAUUGACGAUAUCUUCACGCUCUCCAAAGGUUUUCUGGAUACAGUCAAGGUGGCGAAAAAGCUUCCGCACAUGCAAGCUUCUCUCGGGAAGGAAUUGCCCUCGCAAGCAAAGCUGGCAACCAUUCUCAAGGAAAAGGAGUUGGAAGUUUAG